AUGAAUCCUGGAGGUACUGCUGGGGAUGCUGGAGGUACUGCUGGUGCUGGAGGAACUAGAGGUGCUGGAGGUGCUGGAGCUGCUAGUGCUGGAGGUACUGCUGGUGCUGGAGGUACUGGAGGGGCUGGAGGUGCUGGAGCUGCUAGUGCUGGAGGUGCUGCUGGUGCUGGAAGUGCUACUGGUGCUGGAGGUGCUGGAGCUGCUAGUGCUGGAGGUACUGUUGGAGGUGCUGGAGGUGCUGGAGGUGCUGGAGCUGCUAGUGCUAGAGGUGCUGCUGGUGCUGGAGGUACUGCUGGAGGUGUUGGAGGUGCUAGUACUGGAGGUACUGGAGCUGCUAGUGCUGGAGAUGCUGGAGCUGCUGGUGCUGGAGGUACUAGAGUUGCUGCUGGUGAUGGAGGUGCUGGUCCUGCCGGUGGGCUUCGCCACAUUCUCGAUCUUCUGCCAGCUCCUACUGAGUUCCUUGUCGCUAGUACUACUCCAGCAGACCUGUCUCAGCCACAGCUACUCCCUCACUCCCCACUGCCUAAUCCUGUUCCUUACACUGCUGUGACAGAGUCUGCGCAUCAAGAGCCUGAGACUCGUGCUUCCACUCCUGAGCGUCGAGAGCCUGAGACUAGAGCUUCAGUUCCUGCUCGUGUUCGUCGUGUGCGUCGUCCUCAUGCUCCGGCUGAGGAACUGGACUGCCUUGCGGCCGCUGCACCUCAUCUCGCUACCAUGCUGCUUGCCCCUAAAGGAGACCCGGAUGCACUUGACAUCCCCAACCUGCACUCUUACAGAGAGGUGAUUUCGGUUGAGUACUCCUCUCAUUGGCAGACAGCCAUGGACGCAGAGAUGGCUUCCUGGAAGUCCACAGGCACCUACGUCGACGAGGUUCCCCCACCUGGGGCGAACAUCGUCAGUGGCAUGUGGAUUUUCAGGGUGAAGCGGCCGCUGGGCUCUCCGCCUGCCUUCAAGGCACGUUACGUUGCUCGAGGCUUCAAUCACGAGAGGGGGUCGACUUCUUUCAAAUCUUGUCCCCCACCCCAAAGAUGA